CUGGAGCGGUCGUAUCUCACGCUCAAACUACGCUGAGGGGGGUGACAGAAUUUUUUUUUCCCUCUCAUGCACUCCUUUGAGAAGAAGAAAAGUAUGUCAUCCCGGUUUACAUAACUUUCGCAGUAUGCCUUAUGAGCUAACGUCUUGCACAUGACGGACGCUCUUGAUCUAAACGCGCUACCUAUCUGAUUCUGACCCGUCGUAACAACACCAAGUCCGACUCUCCGGGCUGAUCAUCAUCCGAGUCGGUAUCUUCAAUAAUGAUCCACCAUCAUUCAGCACACUUUAUCCUUUCCCCCCCUACUCCCCCUCAUCUGGAGCCUAUUCAUGACUCCGCUUUCAAUGGAAGUAUGGGUAUGGAUCGGGACCUCGUUUUCCGAGGAGCCAUCUUAUCUGCACGACCCGCCCAAGAAUUGAAAUCAGCGAUUCACAUCUGCAUCUUCAAUUGGAGCUCGCGUGCAUCUGUGGACAUAAUGCAUAAGAGCUUCAAGGACGGAGGACUUUGUAAAUGGACAUUCAUCCCUUCGUCCGAGUACUCAUCUCAUACUCGAUCGGUUUCGCCUCGCGCUGUAUUCCCGUCUGUGAUCUGCUCAAUGUUAAAACCUGGCAUUGACAUCCCCCCCCCCCCCCUCCCCCCCCGCUUCGAUGAGAGAUUACAGAAUGGGCGGAGGGGUUUUGACUUUUGUCUCGGUCUCUGUUGUACCUGCUGUCGAUCUGCAAUGGGAAUUCGGACCAUGGCAAUCUCAACUGCGGCGGGAUUCACUUGAUGAGUGUUGUUCUGAAUCGGAUGCAUAAUAAAGUAUUGCCUGAUUUUCGUGCAGAUGACGAGACACUACCAUUAAUUAUUUAUACACUUUCCUCCCAGUCAACCGCACUUCGAUAAAGAAUUCUCACAGGCGCCUCAGAUUCACGUCGCACUGCUGAGCGUUUUACCGGAGAG